AUGAACUCCAGCCAGUCUGGGGGUUGCCCAUGCCAGGGCUCUGCCGGCCGCCCAGCUAUUCUGUAUGCACUUCUGAGCCCCAGCCUCAGGUCCAGGCCCAUUGCACCGGCAUCUCGCAGCCACUGUCUGUGCCAGCAGCACCGGCCUGUUCAUCUGUGUGCUCCACACCGCACCUGCCGGGAGGCUCUGGAUGUCCUAGCCAAGACAGUGGCAUUCCUCCGGAACCUACCGUCCUUCUGCCACCUGCCCCACGAGGAUCAGCGGCGGCUGCUGGGGGGCUGCUGGGGCCCUCUCUUCCUGCUUGGGUUGGCCCAAGAUACUGUGACCUUUGAGGUGGCUGAGGCUCCGGUGCCCAGUAUACUUAAACAAAUCCUACUGGAGGAACCCAGCAGCAGUACCCAGGGUACCCAGCAACCAGACCGGCCACAACCCUCACUGGCUGCUGUGCGGUGGCUCCAGCGUUGCCUGGAGUCUUUCUGGAGCCUUGAACUGGGUCCCAAGGAGUAUGCCUACUUGAAAGGAACCAUUCUCUUCAACCCAGAUGUGCCAGGCCUCCAUGCCUCCUGCCACAUCGCCCACCUGCAACAGGAGGCUCACUGGGCCUUGUGCGAAGUCCUGGAGCCCUGGUACCCAGUUAGCCAAGGCCGCCUGGCCCGAAUCCUCCUCAUGGCCUCCACUCUAAAGAACAUUCCCUGCAGCCUGCUGGUGGACCUCUUUUUCCGCCCUAUCAUCGGAGAUGUUGACAUCACUGAACUGCUUGAAGACAUGCUUUUGCUGCGGUGACCUACAGAGUGGGGUCCGGAGCUUCCAAAGGGGAGGAGCUCAACUCCCCAGGAGUAGCCCUCAUUCAGCCACAGCCCCAGUUUGGACUUUCUUCGC